AUGCAGACCAAAAAAGCUGCUGCCCGAGCCCGAGAGGUGCCCUCGUCCAUCUCGGACCUGCCAAUCGAGGUGCUGCAGCACGUCUUCUCGUUUCUCUCGGAGGAGGAGGACAGGCUGCUGGACGUGUGCGCCGCAUGGCAUGCCGCGAUCGAGGCAGGCGGCCCAGCGCUGUGA